CAAGGAAGAAAAGCAAGAACCUGGUCUACACCAAGCAGUAGAAGGGACAGUCAGCAGGCGAUGCGUAUGGGACAUCCAACCCUAAGGGCACAACCUGCAUUUCUGAGCUUUUAAAAGAAGAGCUUCCUUGGGAUCAGACCUGACUCCAGACCUGCAGCACCAUGAGGUCUCUGGUGACUCUAGUGUCCCUGUUCCUCGUGGGUGUCCAGGCCCAGCACGGAUCCGAGUGGACCUAUUCAAAGGGGUCACUGGAUGAAGAGCACUGGCCACAGCACUAUCCCGACUGUGGGGGGCAGAAGCAGUCACCCAUCAACCUGCAGAGGAAGAAGGUGCAGUACAACCCUUCCUUGAAGAGGCUGAACCUGACGGGCUAUGAUGUCCAGGUGGGCGAGUUCCCCAUGAUCAACAACGGCCACACAGUGCAAAUCAGCCUCCCUCCCACCAUGCGCAUGACGGCCCCUGACGGCACCCAGUACACAGCCCUGCAGAUGCACUUUCACUGGGGCGGUGCAUCCUCAGAGAUCAGUGGCUCAGAGCACACCAUUGACGGGUUCAGAUUCGUCAUAGAGAUUCAUGUUGUUCACUACAAUUCGAAGUAUAAGAGCUACGACAUAGCCAAGGAUGCACCAGAUGGUUUGGCUGUACUGGCGGCCCUUGUUGAGGUCAAGAAUUAUGCUGAAAACACUCAUUAUAGCAACUUCAUUUCUCAUUUGGUCAAUGUCAAGUACCCAGGACAAAGUACAAUUCUGACUGGCCUUGAUGUUCAGGACAUGUUACCUGAGGAUCUUCACCACUACUACAGCUACAAGGGGUCACUUACCACUCCUCCCUGUACCCAGAAUGUCCAGUGGUUUGUGCUAAAAGAUUAUGUUAAGAUGUCCAGGACACAGGCUUUGAUGUUAGAGAAUUCCUUAUUGGAUCAUGAGAACAAGACCCUCCACAAUGAUUACCGCAGGACCCAGCCAUUGAACCACAGAGUGGUGGAAGCCAAUUUCAAGUACUCCCCUAAUGAGAAAGUCGUUCUAGACUCUACGGUACAAUCUUUCCUAAACAAGAUGGACAAAAACCUUAAGUAUUUGAGAAAAUUUAUUGAACAGAAGAAAGAGAAGAGAUGCCGCCGUUUUUAACUGAUUUGAAGACCACGCUAGUAUGGGAAAAGUGGCCUCCUCCCGCAGCCACACCCAGCCCUAAGAAAUCCUGAGUGACCAGCUCCCUUUCCCACAACAUUCCUUUGUUUCGGGAGAUCCUGCUUCUGCGGUUUCUUCUGUUGUUGCAGUAGUAAUCCUACACACACAGUGACUCCAUGUUAUGCGCAAAGUAGUUAGGCAACUGUUUUCUUAGUUACAGGAGUGUCAAGCUUCACUUUUAUGCAGUAAAAACCAAAGUAGGCUACAGUCUGUGCCAUGCUGAUGUAGAGUUUCUGAAAUUGUUUUACAAGACUUUGAUAAUAAAACCCUUAAACUUAAAAAAAAAAAAGAAAGAAAAGAAAUCCUGGGUGUUGGCAAGACAUCCUCGCCUGGUGUCUUUGUUGCAUUUCAGAUUAAAAUGAGAGAGACUGUCGUCUGUGAUAUGAUUGAAGUGUAUGAGAAGGGAUUUGGAUCAGACACCACUGGUGGACGUAGAUGGGAACAGAAACAAAGGAAAUG